AUGUUUGAAAAUAUUCCAUUAACAUUAUAUUUAAAAUAUCCAGAUAAUAUUGAAAUUAAAGGAAAUAAACCAAUAAAUGGAAUAUUAAAUAUACCAUUAAAAUUUGGAUCUAUUCGUGUAUUAACAUAUAAAUUAAAAAAUAAUAUUAUUGCACCAUUUGAUGUUAAAAUUAAAAUAGAAAAAGGAGAUACAUAUAUUAAAUUUAAUAGUAUAAUUAAACAAAGAGUUAUAGGAAAAUGUUGGUUAAUAUUUAAUAAACCAAAAUAUAUAGAAAAUGUUAAAAUAAUUGAAGGAGAAGGACAAAUAGAAGAUGAUAAUAUUCAAAAUAAUAAAAAAAUUAAAUGGAAUAUUAUAGGAAAUGGAAUAAUUAAAUUUAAUUAUAAAGAAGGAAUUCAACCAUUAAUAAGUGAUUUUCCAUUUGUUUGUGUAGAAUUUGAAGCAGAAAAAACAAUAAUUUCAGGAAUAAAUAUAAUAAAAAUGAAAAUUGAUAGAAAUGAUAUUCCAAUAUAUUUAAAACAAGCAACUAAACAAGGAUCAUGGACAAUUAAAAUUUUAUAA